AUGUCACGAAUGGACAGUUAUAGUGCAUCAAUUCGUGAGGAACAGAAAGCAAUUCUCAACGGUCUUUUAGGUAUUCUUUUUGCGGACGGAAUAAUCUACGACAAUUAUGACACUACUAGGAAAAUUCAACAAACAGUCGAUGGAAUUUAUCGAAUGGUUGUUGCCCUACUGCUCAUCGUGAUUGCUCUCAUCAUCAUCGCCAUAUUUCUCGUCUGCUUCUUUCACUGCCGUCGCGCCAACGAAGAGAGGUCUCCGUUGCACUCGAACCGUAAAAGUCAUCCCAUCGAAAUCUGA